AUGCUUCGGCGCCGCGAGGCGCUCAGCGGCGAGCCCCGCCAGAGCGACACCAAGACUGGUGCAGUGACAACAGUGGAAGAGCCAGAUGACGAGAGCGACGAGGGCGAAGCAGAGGGUAACAGCGAUGAAGGCACAGGAAUCCAGAACGGCCCUGGCUCUGGAUAUCCAGGAGGCGCUGAGGAGUGGGAGGAGAUUUUGGCCUGCCCGCUCAACAUCCGCUUCACGCAGGACAAAAUCCACCCUUUCUUCUAUCGUCGCGGGCCAAUCGUUAACGUGCUUCCCAAAAUCCGGGCAGUCCCCAGCUCGGAUGGUGAGGUCCUUGAUCUCAUUCCACCAUUCGCACCAAUCCAUUGCCUGCAAAAGGGUGAGGAGCUUUGGUCCAUGGACAACCGUCGCCUCUACGCACUGCAGCUUGCAGCUAUGGAUUUGUGGCCACGGCGCUGCCGGGUUCGCUGUUUGCGGAGGGAAAGGCUUCCACGCCACAAGCUCAAGACCCAGUAUCGCAAGUUCAAUACCACCAGCUCAGGGCGAUGCAUCGAUGUUUGCACGAGGUACCAGCAGUUUGAUACCUGGAGCUGGUAUGAGCGGGCCCUCGAAAUCGAGGGGUACUCGCUGUCUCGUCGGCUUGGAGCAAUGCUCUGCAUUUUCGAGGCGGCGCCCGUGCUUGGAGCAUUGCUGUUCCGCAGCGGCAUCACUGGAUUCGAGUCUCGGCGUCCGCUGGUGGUCGGCUUCCUGCUCGCCUUUGGAAUUGACUUCCUUCGUCAGCAGGUGCCAGCCUUUGAGCGCUUCCUGUCUGCAUUCCAGGUCCAGGCCAUCCUUGAUGGUGAGACAAUGCAGAUGACGCCGUGGUGGAACAAAGAGGAGGGCGAGGAGCAUGGUGUCUGCUCGGCGCAGUUAGCAGCCAUCAUGGCUGUGGCGUUAAUGCUGCUUCUCCCGUACAUAUUGGGCAUUGCCCGGGACAAAGUGCGCUCCUCGCUCCUUUCGUGCUGGCUUGGAGUCGCCUUCAUGCUCACGGUACAACUGGUCUCUGUGGGCUGGAGGCUGCGCCGAGGCUUUGCCUCCGCCUCUGCUGCUGUGGACCCUUUUCUUCAUGGGAAGGAUGCGCACGAGACGGGAGAGGAUGCAGAGGGCACAUCUCAACCCAGCCAAGCUGGCGAGGUGCAGCAAUGA